GUGGCUCCACUGUGCAGCCGGACAGAGAGUCACUGUGCCUCGGACAGGAAACCGCUGCAGCUCCCGGGGUGUCUGAAUGCUGGAGGACGCCGCGCAAAGUGACACCAGGAGCAGUUGUUUAGUGAGUGAUCGCCGGAGAGGUGGAGGGGGGUGAACAUGGCUUCUUCUCCGGUCACCCCAGCAUCGCUCGAAGGAGGGACACCGUCACCCACCGGGAAUGAGGAGACCACGACCACCAGACAGUCGGACAGCAACACCAGUUUCCUGCGAGCGGCGAGGGCAGGGAACAUCGACAAGGUUUUGGAAUAUCUGAAAGGGGGCGUGGACAUCAGCACCUGCAAUCAGAAUGGUCUUAAUGCACUGCACCUGGCAGCCAAAGAGGGCCAUGUGGAUCUGGUCCAGGAGCUGUUGGAGAGAGGUGCGUCGGUGGAUUCAGCCACAAAGAAAGGAAACACAGCACUUCACAUAGCCUCUCUGGCCGGUCAGGCUGAAGUAGUGAAGAUCCUGGUGAAAAGAGGAGCUGACAUCAACGCACAGUCUCAGAAUGGCUUCACUCCUCUGUACAUGGCUGCCCAGGAGAAUCACCUGGACGUGGUUCGGUACCUUCUUGAGAACGGAGGCAACCAGAGCACUGCUACAGAGGAUGGCUUCACCCCUCUGGCCAUUGCACUCCAGCAGGGCCACAACCAAGUGGUUUCUAUCUUACUGGAGAAUGAUACGAAAGGCAAGGUACGCCUGCCUGCCUUGCACAUUGCCGCCCGCAAGGACGACACCAAAUCGGCCGCCCUGCUCCUCCAGAACGACCACAACGCUGAUGUCCAGUCGAAGAGUGGAUUCACCCCCCUGCAUAUCGCUGCCCACUAUGGGAACGUCAAUGUGGCCACACUCCUGCUGAACAGAGGGGCGGCAGUUGACUUCACAGCAAGGAAUGGGAUCACUCCCCUCCACGUGGCCUCUAAGCGUGGCAACACUAACAUGGUUCGCCUGUUGCUGGACCGUGGCUCUCAGAUCGACGCUAAAACAAGGGAUGGUCUGACUCCCCUUCACUGUGCGGCUCGGAGUGGACAUGAUACAGCUGUAGAGCUGCUGCUGGAGAGAGGAGCACCUUUGCUGGCCAGGACCAAGAACGGCCUGUCUCCUCUCCACAUGGCCGCACAAGGCGAUCAUAUCGAAUGCGUCAAACAUCUUCUCCAGCACAAGGCUCCUGUUGAUGAUGUCACGUUGGACUACCUGACAGCGUUGCAUGUGGCAGCUCACUGUGGUCACUACAGAGUCACCAAGCUGCUGCUGGACAAAAGGGCCAACCCCAACGCCAGAGCACUGAACGGCUUCACUCCACUGCACAUAGCCUGUAAGAAGAACCGAGUGAAGGUGAUGGAGCUGCUGGUCAAAUACGGAGCCUCUAUCCAGGCUAUCACAGAGUCUGGCCUGACUCCCAUCCACGUAGCAGCCUUCAUGGGUCACCUGAACAUCGUCCUGCUCCUGCUGCAGAACGGAGCUUCGCCCGACGUCAGCAAUAUUCGUGGGGAAACAGCGUUACACAUGGCAGCCAGAGCAGGGCAGGUGGAGGUGGUCAGAUGUCUGCUGAGGAACGGAGCAAUAGUGGAUGCACGGGCACGGGAGGACCAGACUCCUCUUCACAUCGCAUCCCGCCUGGGGAAAACGGAGAUUGUGCAGCUGCUUCUGCAGCACAUGGCUCAUCCUGAUGCCGCCACAACCAACGGCUACACCCCCCUCCACAUCUCGGCCAGGGAGGGGCAGGUGGAGACCGCCUCAGUCCUGCUGGAGGCCGGAGCUUCACACUCACUGGCCACCAAGAAAGGUUUCACUCCCCUGCAUGUGGCCUCCAAGUACGGAAGCCUGGACGUGGCCAAACUCCUGCUGCAGCGUCGCGCUCCUCCUGAUUCUGCUGGAAAGAACGGCCUCACCCCGCUGCAUGUCGCGGCACAUUACGAUAACCAGAAGGUGGCGCUCCUGCUUUUGGACAAAGGAGCGUCGCCUCUUACCAUGGCCAAGAAUGGCUACACUCCUCUGCACAUUGCGGCGAAGAAGAACCAAAUGGAGAUCGCCACAGUGUUGCUGCAGUAUGGAGCAGAGACCAACAUCUUGACCAAGCAGGGUGUCACUCCGCUCCAUCUGGCCUCCCAGGAGGGUCACGCAGACAUGGCUGCCCUGCUAAUAAGCAAAGGAGCCCAGGUCAACGUUCCCACCAAGAGCGGCCUGACUGCUCUCCAUCUGGCAGCUCAGGAGGACAAAGUGGCUGUCGCAGAGAUCCUAGCCAGGAAUGGUGCCAACCUCGACCAGCAGACCAAAUUGGGCUACACCCCGCUAAUUGUAGCAUGUCACUAUGGCAAUGCCAAGAUGGUCAAUUUCCUGCUUCAGAAUGAAGCCAGUGUCAACGCCAAGACCAAGAACGGAUACACUCCUCUUCACCAGGCAGCCCAGCAAGGAAACACACACAUCAUUAAUGUACUGCUGCAAUACGGUGCCAAACCCAACGCUAUCACUGUGAAUGGUAACACUGCACUGGGUAUUGCUCGGAGGCUGGGCUACAUCUCUGUGGUGGACACACUGAGGGUCGUCACUGAGGAGAUCAUCACCACCACCACGACGGUGACAGAGAAACACAAACUGAAUGUGCCGGAGACUAUGACUGAAGUACUCGAUGUCUCCGACGAAGAGGGCGACGACACGAUGACAGGCGAUGGAGGAGAGUAUUUGAGGGCCGAGGACCUCAGGGAGCUGGGCGAUGACUCCCUGCCAGGACAGUAUCUGGAUGGAAUGAACUACCUCCGCUUCAGCCUGGAGGGGGGACGCACCGACAGUUCAGACAGGUCCUUUACACCCACCCACCACAGCUACUACUCUCCUAAACAUGAGGGCAUGAUGGAUGAGAUGCUCACCAGUCACCAGGUUUCGUCGCUUGCCAGGGAGAAUGAGAGGGAUUCCUACCGGCUGAGUUGGGGCACAGAAAACCUGGACAAUGUGGCUUUAUCCUCCAGCCCCAUCCACUCUGGCCAUUCCUCUCCGUGCCCUGAUCAUGGAGACCACAGCAGCUUCCUGGUCAGCUUCAUGGUGGAUGCCAGGGGCGGAGCCAUGCGCGGUUGCCGGCACAACGGCCUCCGCAUCAUCAUCCCACCGAGGAAGUGCAGCGCGCCAACACGGGUGACUUGCCGGCUGGUGAAGAGGCAUCGUUUGGCCACCAUGCCCCCGAUGGUGGAGGGCGAGGGCCUGGCCAGCAGGCUCAUCGAAGUGGGGCCCUCUGGAGCUCAGUUCCUCGGUCCUGUGAUCGUGGAGAUCCCCCACUUUGCCGCCCUCCGGGGGAAGGAGAGGGAGCUGGUGAUCCUGAGGAGUGAGACAGGAGAGAGCUGGAAGGAGCAUCACUGUGAACACACCCAGGAGGAACUCAACCAGAUCCUCAACGGCAUGGACGAGGAACUGGACACGCCCGAGGAGCUGGACAGGAAACGCAUUUGCCGUAUCAUCACCAGAGACUUCCCACAAUACUUUGCGGUGGUGUCUCGCAUCAAGCAAGACAGUAAUCUGAUUGGUCCUGAAGGAGGCAUCCUGAGCAGCACAGUUGUGCCACAAGUACAGGCAGUUUUUCCUGAGGGGGCCCUCACCAAGAGGAUCAGGGUCGGACUGCAGGCCCAGCCAGUGAAUGUAGAUGUUGUGAGGAAGAUCCUGGGGAACAAAGCCACCUUCAGCCCCAUCGUCACCCUGGAGCCCCGUAGGAGAAAGUUCCAUAAACCCAUCACCAUGACCAUUCCUGUCCCCAAGAGCAACUCCGAUCCAGUCCUCAAUGGUUUUGGAGGGGACACACCCACCUUACGACUGCUCUGUAGUAUCACUGGUGGAACAACGCCAGCCCAGUGGGAGGAUAUAACAGGAACUACUCCAUUAACAUUUAUCAAUGACUGCGUCUCCUUUACUACCAACGUGUCUGCCAGGUUCUGGCUCAUAGACUGUCGGCAAGUCCAGGAGUCAGUCAACUUCUCCACUCAGGUGUACCGAGAGAUCAUCUGUGUCCCGUACAUGGCCAAGUUCGUAAUCUUUGCCAAGACCCAUGACCCAAUCGAGGCCCGUCUGCGCUGCUUCUGCAUGACUGACGACAAGAUCGAUAAAACACUGGAACAGCAGGAGAACUUCACUGAGGUGGCCCGCAGCCGAGACGUAGAGGUCCUGGAAGGCAAACCUAUCUAUGCAGACUGCUUUGGCAACCUUGUUCCCCUCACCAAAAGUGGCCAACAUCAUCUCUUCAGCUUCUUUGCCUUUAAGGAGAACAGACUAGCACUCUUUAUCAAAAUCCGAGACAACACUCAGGAGCCGUGUGGCCGCCUGUCGUUUAUGAAAGAACCCAGGAACUACAGGUCACUUACCCAAAAUGCCAUAUGCAAUCUCAACAUCACCCUCCCAUCAUACUGCAAGACCAGCAGAACACUCGAGAAAUUAGAUCCACAGGAUGAAGCAGAAAGAAAAGAGCAACGGUUGGCCAUUAUAGCCGACCACCUGGGCUUCAGCUGGACGGAGUUAGCACGAGAACUGGACUUCAGUGAGGAGAGAAUCAACCUGAUAAGGAUUGAAAACCCCAACUCACUGCAAGAUCAAAGUCAUGCCCUUUUGAACCUUUGGGCAGAGAAGGAGGGAAAGCAGGCCACAGAAGCAACACUUAUCAAAAGGCUCACAAAGAUCAACCGAAUGGACAUUGUUCACCUCAUUGAAACCAAGAUAAUUAAAUCCACUCAAGAUGAGACGUCAUCGCAUACCUAUGCAGAAAUUGAGCGGACCAUAACGUUGGACCACAGUGAAGGUUUUUCUGCUCUUCAUGAGGACAUUGACAGCCCCAGACCAGGCAGGCGUACAGAAGCUGCACGCAGGAGUCCAGGCUCAGGACAAGAGGUACCCAUGGUGUCAGCAGAGGACCUGUCCUCCAGUUUGUCAUCACUUCACGAGACGACAGGACGAUCAGAGACAGACUCCACAGCAACAGGCCUUCUCAGAAAUGCCCAGAAAGAGAAACUACAAAAGGAGAUGGAAACAACAUACUCAUCACAAAGAAUAUAUGAAGAAGUGACAGAUUCGGUACACGCAGGCAGUUUUAAACAAGCGGAUAACCUACCAGACAUCCCACCACAGACCGUCACGGAGGAGAAAUACACAGAUGAGCACGGCAACAUGGUAGUUAAGAAAAUCACACGGAAGGUGAUUCGUAAAUAUGUAUCUGCGGACGGUAUGGAGACACAGGAAGUGACCAUUGAGGGCUCUCACCAGGAGACGGUGCAGAUAGAGGAGGGGGAUUCUGUCUCCAGAGUGGUGAAGAGAACUGUGCUUCACAGUGAGGGAGAUCAGAAAGAGUUGACCUUCUCGGAGCCUCUGGCUCUUGGCGCUGCCACGGCAUCGGAGUUUGAGGUGGAGCCAGUACAGGGUCGAAAAGUCAGCAAGGUUGUCAAGAAGACAGUAGUGAGAGGAGAGAGGAUGGAGAAGCAGACAGGAGACGCCUCAUUGGCUGCAGAUCUCCCUUCAGCCAGAGAGGACUUUGAGAAGGCAUUGAGUUAUGCUGGAGGCUUUGGGAAAGUGCUCCUGCCUCACGUAGUAGAGAAAGAGAUUGUACAGGACGACGGUUCUGUGGUUAAAAGAAGCCAGAUGCGUAAGUCGCGGACCCAGAAGAGGACUGUGGUGAGGGAUGCCCAGGGGAAGCACGUGCACCUGGAGCGUCUGGACGACACCCCAGACGCCCUGCAGCCCGACGCACUGCAGCAGCACCUGCACCAACUGCUCCAACGCUACUGUAAGGACGACCAGGAGGAGGAGGAGGAGGAGGAAGGAGAUGAGGAAGAAGAAGAAGAGGAGGAGGAGGAGGAUAAUGAUGAGAAUUUUGACUGAGCAGCUGCUUCCACUGACCCCCUCCGUACAUCUCCCACUCGAAGCCUUUGGUGACGUACUCUUCCUCAGAUCACAAUCUUUCCCCCUUUCUCGCUGUCCUCGCUGAUCACCGGACCGUUUCUUUUCUUCUUUGGUUUGUCGGAUAACGGAACAGUAUUUUUGUGCUUUAACACUUUUCCUUUGCUCUGAUUGUGACCAAAGAUAGCACCCUUCAUUGUUUCUGAUGAUUUUUGUCGGUGUUACCCUUUUUUUUUUUGUUUUUUUUUUUGUUUGGUACCCUUCGGCUGCUGCGGUGCGAUUAAGGUACGACGCACCAAAGGCGGAUCAGAGUCAAAGGGGGCAUCUCGGACGUUUCGCCUCACGCACGGGCCUCUUCUUGAAGAACUCUUGUAAACAUGUGUACAUAGAGGAGAUGGGGAGAUGAGGAAAAAAAUCAUGCUUGGACUUGUGGGGGGGGGGGAAACAGAAAAAAAUUCAAAGCAUUUAAUACAUUAGCCCACCUAAACCUGCUGUACAUGCACCGAUUCAGCUGGAGAAUGGUCACCGUACAGAUGAGAUUAAUGUUACACAGAGAGUAAAGUGUGGGGGGGGGGGAGUGAAUGUGUGUAUCAUCAUGAACUCUUUACACAGCCAAACAUCAAGCUGCUGAUCUGUUUACAAAGGCUGUGCGAUCACACCUUUCGUCUUCCCACGAUGCAUCCGCCCUUCUUUUGUUUAUCUCCGUAAGCGCGUUCACCUUUUAUCUGUCGCAGAGCCGCCACCUCUGCUUGUGUAUAUAUACAGUGUGUCUAUUGAGAAAGAAACUAGUGAUGAGGAAUGUCUCGAUGCAGAUCGCGCACUUAGCCCCGCCGUCCCGACGUCUGCGUCUCACCCUCCGGCGCUGCUUGUCCUCACCUCAGACUGCAGCGUAUGACUUCCCUCCAUAAAUCCUGAUAAAGGACAAGUCUGGCUGUGUUGUUGUGAGCGUCACCAAGUCUUGUGAAAAUACCCAAACUGUUGCUCCUCUGUUCAGGCUAGCAAAUGUGGAUCAUUCCGCACCUUGAUAUAGUCUCCAGUAGAGGCACUAUUUCCUCCAAUUUAUAAGGUUGUAUUAUCAAUAAGGUCAAGCAGGCCCAAGGUACGCAAAAGCACAAUGUUCAUUAUGCAAUAAUUGGAUUUUUGUUAAACAGUUUCUUGCAAUUUUUCACCACUAAAGCAUCAGAAUAACUGGUUAUGAUUAAAUGUUACCAUCGUAAUCUAACUUUGGGCAAAAAUCAGUAUUUAAGGGGACUUAAAAGAAAAAAAACGUACAGAUGUUGGGUUGUCCAUUAAAUUCAAGAGUGAGUAUUUUAGAAAAACAACUGCAAAACAAAGAAGCAAGCUGACAAUAAAAACUAAAUGCAGUGAAGCCACCUACAAUCGGAGCUCAACAGUAUCUGUAGAAUUUGCUGAGAUGUCUGUUUUUGAGCACCUUGACGGCCAACCAUUGAGUUGGGACGAGUAUUUUGUCCAUUUGGGUGUUCUCGUGAGAAGUGUUGACGCUCAGAAAAACAUACACCAGACUUGUCUUUUUCCUGACUCCAUGCUUACUGUUGUGGUGCUUUGCUUUUACCGCUUGUCGUUCAUUUGACCUUUUCUCGUCAUCGCUGUUAUCAAAAGAAAAAGUCUACUGUAAAUCCAAGCAGACGCCAACUUCUACUGACUUCGGUUAUCACAUCUGUGUCUCCUUAUUUAUUUAUUGCUGUCUGUUUGUGAUCCCUGUACUCUCCGGCAGGUGAAGCUGAGAGCGGUGAGUGUGUGUGUGAGUGUGUGUUUGAAUGUGUUCUAAAGGUAAAUACAAAUGAAGUGAUUUUUUUUUUUUUUUUUGGCCAUCGUAGACAAACAGUUUUGUUGACAUGAAAGCUGGCUGAAAUGUGUGUUUGGUGUUCAUUUGUGGACUUUUAUCUGUGUAACAAUACGAUCCUCACGUUGCCAUUUACUUUGAGUGUGAUCCAAUGGAAGAAUAAAAGAAAUGUGAAAAAGAAGAGCA